GACGACGAGGCCGCGUCACCGUCGCUGGGGGAGCCGUUCGACGCUGUGUUCUCAAAGCGGAAGGCGGAGGCGGACGCCUUCUACGCGCGGGCGAUCCCGGCGCGGCUCAACGCUGAGGAGACAAACGUAGCGCGGCAGGGCCUGGCCGGCCUGCUCUGGACGAAGCAGUUCUACCACUACGUCAUCAAGGACUGGCUGGAGGGCGACCCCGAGCAGCCGCCGCCGCCGCCAGAGCGCCGCCGGGGCCGCAACAACGACUGGAUGCACCUCUUCAACCGUGACGUCAUCUCCAUGCCCGACAAGUGGGAGUACCCCUGGUACGCCUCCUGGGACCUGGCAUUCCAUAUGGUGCCGUUCGCGCUGGUGGACGUGGACUUCGCCAAGGGUCAGCUCAUGCUCUUUCUCCGGGAGUGGUACAUGCACCCUAACGGCCAGAUACCAGCGUACGAGUUCGCUUUCGACGACGUCAACCCACCGGUGCACGCCUGGGCCGUCCGGAAGGUGUUCAAGGGCACCGGGCCUCGCAAGCAGCGCGAUACCAAGUUCCUGGCGCGCUGCUUCCAAAAACUCAUGCUCAACUUCACCUGGUGGGUGAACCGGAAGGACCCGGGGGAGAACAUCUUCUCCGGAGGCUUCUUGGGCCUGGACAACAUCGGCAUCUUCGACCGCUCCAAACCCCUGCCCAUCCACGGACAGCUGGAGCAGGCGGAUGGCACGGCGUGGAUGGCCUUCUACUGCGUCGUCAUGCUGGACAUCGCCCUGGAGCUGGCGGAGGUGGACGCUACCUACGAGGACAUGGCGUCCAAGUUCUUCGAGCACUUCAUCCACAUCAUGGAUGCCAUCAACAGCGCAGGACAGGGAGAAGGCCUGUGGGACGAACAGGACGGCUUCUACUACGACUUCAUCCGGACCGAGUCAGGCUGCUCGAUCCCGCUGCGCGUGCGCUCGAUGGUCGGCCUGAUCCCGCUCUUUGCCUGUCUCGUGCUCGAGGGCGCGCGCGUCAGAAAACUCACCGGGUUCUGGAAGCGCACGCAGUGGUUCAUGCAAAACCGAAAGGACCUCUUUGGAAGGGUGGCCUACAUGACGUCUUCGGAGGACGGACUGGACAACUUCCUCCUCGGCAUUCCCACCGAGAAGCAGUUGGUCAGCGUCCUGCGCUACCUGUUGGAUGAGGAGGAGUUCCUCAGCCCGUACGGCGUGCGCUCCCUCUCGAAGAAGCACAAGGACCACCCGUUUGUCAUCUCGCUGAACGGUGAGCGGUACUCGGUGCCGUACGUGUCUGGCGAGUCCAACACGCACCUGUUCGGUGGCAACUCCAACUGGCGUGGCCCCAUCUGGCUGUGCGUCAACUUCCUGCUGAUUGAGGCUCUCGACCGCUACUACUUCUUCUACGGCAAGAGGCUGACGGUCGAGUGUCCGGUCGGCUCGGGACGGCAGCUGACGCUGCGCGAGGUGGCCUGCGAGCUGGCCGCCCGCCUCAUCCGGCUCUUCGUGCCUGGAGAGGACGGGCGCCGGCCCUGCCACGGCAACUCUGCCCAGUACGCAGAGGACCCGUUCUGGCGCGACCUGGUCCUCUUCUACGAGUACUUCGACGGGGACUCGGGCCGCGGCUGCGGCGCCUCCCACCAGACCGGCUGGACUUCGCUCAUCGUCAACUGCCUAAUGAUGAAGCUGGGCGUGCGACACGCCGGCCUCGCCUGGCGCUACGACGCCCAGCCGUGAGCGCGAGGAGCGCUGGCGGGCCGAAGUCGACACGUGGCCAGCUGCGGAGGACCGGACUUCCGGCGGUGACUAGACGCACCGACCGGAGCGGGCCGGUGCCAGCCAGGAGAGUGGCGUCGAAGCGGCUGGGCUACGCCAUGCCAAGGGGCGAGGGUAAUGUGGGGCCAAUCUGGAUGGCACCUCAAAACCGCGCGGUGGAUUAGCACGAGACUGUAGGGCUGUUCAUGAGCCGCGAAGCGCCUCUCUUGAGGCACCGAACGUGGAGCUGAUGCGCUAGAACUGGAAACGAGACGGGGGGCGUACGGCAUCUCUGAGGUCGUGUGCUGAGACCGCGGUGGAAUCCGGAGCUGCUGUCUAUCUAGGCAAGCAGCACGGUGAGGGAGCUCUUCUUAAAUCCAACGUAGUUCUGAAAGCCUUGUAGAAAUCGGUGUAAUGCAAAGAGCCAUUCUAUGUGUUUCUAUAUAUUACGUUUUUUAUUGAUAAUGAACCUUCGUGGGAUGUGCUGUUCUGGCAUGUUGAAUAUCGUAUUCUUUACGAGCGUGUUGCUGGAGAAGAGAUAUGGGAUUACUCGACCGCUUCUAAGGUGACAAGGCAGUCUCAGCUGCUUUUGUAUGCGGAGGCGAGAACACAGUGUUAUUGGCUCAGACUGGUUGACGU